AUGGAGGAUGACUUUAACAUUGACGCGGAUUAUAUAAGAAGAUUAUCGGUAAAAUAUAAGGAUGUGGAUCAUCCCUUAUUUAUGAGUGAACUACCAAAAAAUAUAGAAGAGAAUGAAGAUUUAGUAGCCUUAUAUAAUUUAAUGCUGUGUGAUGAAAAUGAUUUAAGCUUAGCUAGAAAUUAUAAAGAAGUGGGUAAUGAUUAUUACAAAGACGGAGUUAAAUAUUAUGAGGAUGCUAUAAUAAGCUAUAGCAAAGGCAUCAAAGUGUUAAACAACUACCUCGUUUCAGCAACCUCUAGUAAAUUGAGCAAUAAAUCUACUGAAAAUGGUACUACAAACGGUGCUACGAACGGUACUGAAGCCCCCUUGCGCGAAAAUAAGAAGGAAAAAGUGCAGGAACACCACAGAGAAGCUCUAAGCUUAAACACUCCAAAGGGGAAGGAGGGGGGGGAUCUAUGCGAAAUGGACGUGAGAAACCUGUUGUGUGAUUUGUACUGUAAUAGAGCUAUAAUUCAUUAUAAAAAAAAGAGGUAUGUACAAUGUUUAGAUGAUUGUAAAUUAUCCUUUUCAUUUAAUGAAAAAAAAUACAAAAGUGUAUAUUACAGUAUAUUGUGUACGCAAAAAUUAGAGUUAUUCAAUGAGGCAUACAAAUAUAUUGUUCUGUUUGAUAAUAUUAUACAAGAUGAAAAUGUGAAAUGCUCAUUAAAUAUAAAAGAAUAUGAAAGAAUAAAAAAUGAAAUAAUACAAAAGUAUACACAUCUUUUAAAUGAAAAGAAAAGAAAAGAAGAAGAGAGAAAACUCCUUGUAGAAAUGGAAAAAAAUAAUAUUAACCAUAUACAAAAUAUAUUAAAAAAAAGAGAUAUUAAAAUAUUAAAUAAUGUAUACAAUGAUAAUAAUAAUAUUAUUCCUGUGUUCUAUAUUGAUAAAUCUAUGUUCAUACAUUUUACAAUUUUUUUAAUUUAUUUUGAAACGAAUAUCAUUGAUACCAUUUUAGACGUUUCGGAAAAUAAUUGUCUCAUGGACUAUUAUAACAUUGUUAAGAAAAACAAAAAUAAUUUAUUUCUCUUUUCCUAUCUUGAGUUUCCUAAUGAUAUAUUUUAUAUUAUUAGUUGUUCAUCAUACAUAAGUGACAUAAUAAAUAAAAUAAAAAUAAUCUCUCCUAUUCUUUCAGUACAUAUUAUUGAAAACGAGGAAGCUAAUAAACAGUUCCAGUUGAACAAAAAUAUUCACUCAGUUAAAACAUAA